CUAGAGGGACCACUAGAGACUAGAGGGACCACUAGAGACUAGAGGCCCCUCUGUGUGUUUCAGGUCUCGGCCGAGCUGCCAACAUGGCCGACGGCUGGGAGACGGCCCGCCGACUGGACCGACCCAAACACCUGGAGGGGGUCCUCCAGGUCCCCGGCUCGGAGUGGGCCGUGUUCCGUCUCGGUUGCCCGGGUCUCAUCAGCCGUGUGGAGGUCCACACCGACCACUUCAAAGGUAACUUCCCAGACUCCUGCCGGCUGGAGGCCUGCUUCCUGAGCCCCAAGGCCGAGAGCAGCUGGAGGUCCGGGAGCUGGGGGGUCCUCCUGCCCCCCCAGAAGCUGCGUCCUCAUCACAGAUGUGUCUUCGGCGAGGACGAGCUCGCGCUGCGCUCACCUGUCACUCACGUGCGUCUCGUCAUCAGCCCGGACGGAGGCGUCAGCAGGCUCCGCCUCUGGGGUCGACCCACGGUCCCCCCCGCCGCUGCUCCGACCAAUCAGGAGAGACCGGCCUCCAAACUCUGACGCUGUUGAAUAAAACAUCAACUGCACAGGUGCAUUCUGGGAGUCGAGGUCCGGUCUCAAUCACCAUUUCACAUCUGGAAAGACUCAACAUCACAGAGCCUCUCUCUCCUCGCCAUCCCAUAAUGACCUUCUUCACUCGCAUCAUAUCAAACAUCACUCCAUCCGCCACAUUUAUAUAUAUAUAUGUACAUAUUAGGGCUGUCAAUCGAUUAAAAAAAAUUUACUAAU